AUGACUAAUUGGACGAACAUGUCCGUCUGUCCGGUUAGUUUGUGCGAUGGAGAAAUUGUGGAUAACGCAACAGAAGCGGACGUCGACUACCCGGUGCACCUCUUCCCCGUGCCGAUAUUGACUGGGAUAACGGUGACUUGUUGCCUUCUCUUUCUGAUUGGAAUUACAGGAAAUUUAAUGACUAUUCUGGUGGUCAGUAAAUAUAAAGACAUGCGAACAACUACCAACCUUUAUUUGUGCAGCAUGGCCUUUUCCGAUCUCCUAAUAUUUUCGUGCAUGCCCUUGGAUCUCUACCGCGUCUGGCGUUAUCGACCGUGGAAUUUCGGAGACCACCUGUGUAAACUUUUUCAGUUCGUGAGUGAAAGCUGCACGUACUCCACCAUCCUCAGCAUCACAGCCUUAAGCGUGGAGAGAUACUUUGCAAUUUGUUUCCCCCUCAGGGCAAAAGUUGUAGUGACCAGACGUCGAGUGAAGGCAGUCAUUCUGUUACAGUGGCUCGUCGCGCUCUGCAGCGCGGGACCCAUUUUCUUUUUGGUAGGGGUUGAACACGAGAAUGGUACCAAGCCGUGGGAGACCAACGAAUGUAAAGCGACUGAACAUGCGAUCCAGUCCGGCCUACUUACUAUGAUGGUUUGGGUCUCCAGCGUCUUUUUCUUUCUGCCUGUUCUGUGUUUGACGAUCCUCUACAGCCUUAUAGGCAGAAGACUGUGGAAAAGAAAGAAAAACCCAAUCGGACCCAUUUCUAGUCGGGACAAGAAUAAUAAACAAACAGUUAAAAUGUUAGCGGUAGUGGUGCUGGCGUUUGUGCUCUGCUGGUUACCGUUUCACGUGGGGCGCUAUCUGUUUUCCAAGUCAUCCGAAGCGGACUCUCCUCUCAUCUCCCAAAUCAGCGAAUAUUGCAACCUGGUCUCAUUUGUUCUGUUUUAUUUAAGUGCCGCAAUAAAUCCCAUUCUUUAUAACAUAAUGUCAAAAAAGUACAGGGCCGCGGUUUGCAAAUUGUUUGGAGUAAGGCGUACUCCUGACCGUUCAAUGAAUACUGUCGUCAAUACGAAAAGCUUUCCGGCGUGGAACGAAUCCGGCGGCUGCACAUGA